AUGUCGAAUCCAAAAUCAAAAUCACUGACCUUUGGAGACUUCAUCAGCGAUGUAGAUAAACCUUAUUUCAUCGAUCGUCUUCUUGAAGAGCAUAAGCAAGUUUUGGAGACUGGAGUUCCACUAACACGCGGCACGUACACUUACGCUGGACCCGAAAAAAGGCCUGUCUUCAAGCAUAGCCGCGUUGAGCUAUCUGGAGAAGAUUCAACCAUCAUCAAUGCCAGUUACAUUAGAGGCUUCGAGCGACCCAAAGCGUACAUUGCCACCGAGACGCCACAGUCUGCAAAGGGAGCCCAGGCCUUUUGGGAAACAGUUUGGCAGCAUCGAACCAAGGUUAUAGUGAUGCUAAACAAACCUGAGAAAGAGGAGAGAGGCUAUUGCUACUGGGGCCCUGGAGCCGGAUUAUCACUUCAAUUUGGAAAGCUCAAGGUCAGCACUGUUGAAAUUGAAGCGCUUCUACCAACACUGGAAAUCACAAAGCUUGAGGUUUCUAAUGAAAAAGGAGAUUCGUUGACUGUUUAUCACUUUCUGUACUUCAAGUGGCCAGUUCACUGUGAGUUGCCUCCUACAUAUGAUUUUCUGAGAUUCCUGUUCACGCUCUCAACCCAACAUCAAUGUGACAAAACGAACUUAAGUAGUAACGAAACCAAGAAAGCGGCGUGUGAGAAAGAUAGCUUAGUCCUACACACCAUCGCGCUGGUGACGAGUGCUGCCAACCCAAGAUUCAGCAGCCUCAGGGGUGUUGCCGCGCAUCACGAGCAUCAACGAGUUGAUAAGCAGGCACAGCGCGAACAAGAAUAUCAGCACCGGAACGGACACCAGCAUCUCCACAAACAGCUGCUGUCAAGCUGA